CAUAUUAGAACAUAUAAAAAAAUAUGUAGAAAUUUAAACGUUAAAUUGAUUUGAUUCGAUACCGAAUCUAUUUUCUUUUGCUGUCUAUUAUUUUCUUCGUAAUAAAACGAAAGGUCAUUCCAAAUAUGGUACAACAAUACCAAUCCCCUGUCCGGGUUUAUAAAUACCCUUUUGCUCUUGUUAUGAUGGCUUAUGAAAGAAGAUUUCCAACAUGUCCACAAAUCCCAGUUUUUGUUGGUUGUGAAGUGACUCUGGAUAAAGAAAGUGAAGAUAAGGCCAUCCGAACAACAGAAAGAAGAUGUAAACUAAAUGUAGAUGCUCCAUAUAUCUUAAAGAAGAUAAUUGGUGUUGAUUUUAUUUAUUUUAUACAAAGAAAUGUCCUUGAUCGUCGAAAUAAUGUUUUAGAAAUUGAGGCAUACAAUGAAAGUUUUUCUACAAGAGUGACAGUUUUGGAAAAAUGUAAAUACUUUGUUCAUCCUGAAAAUUCAGAUUGGACUUGCUUUGAGCAAGUAGCUAGUUUAGACAUAAAGAAUUUUUUUGGAUUUGAAAACUCAAUGGAAAAACUGGCAAUGAAACAGUAUGCACAAAAUAUUGCCAAGGGUAAAGAAAUAAUUGAAUAUUUUAUAAAUCAGUUAAAGGAAGAAGGCAUAUCAUAUGUUGAACCUUGGAAAGAUCUAUUGGAAGAUAAGAAUCCUCUGGGAACCAAGAUUUUUCCAAAAGAAGAGAGAAAAGCAAUUAUUAAGCAUGGUGAUAUAAGUUCUUCUGACAAAAUGCAGCUAUCAUCUGACUAUAUUGAGAAAUAUCUUGGAAAACUUGACCUUAUUCAAGAAAGCAAAUUAAUCCAAUUAAGACAAAGUAUUAGAGAAUUAAGGGGUGACUCUAUACCGGGUGAUGCUACUUUAUUGCGUUUUUUACGCGCUAGGGAAUUUUCUGUAGAUAAAUCUCGUGAAAUGUUGACACAAUCACUGCACUGGAGAAAAAAACAUCAAAUUGAUAAGCUUCUUGAAGAUUAUGAAGCUCCUCAGGUAGUUAAGGAUUAUUUUCCAGGUGGUUGGCAUCAUUUUGAUAGAGAUGGAAGACCACUUUAUAUUCUGCGAUUAGGACAAAUGGACGUUAAAGGUUUAUUAAAAUCUAUUGGUGAAGAUGAACUACUAUUACUGGCAUUGCAUAUUUGUGAGGAAGGUCUUGUACUCAUGGAAGAGGCGACAAAUAUUUGGAGUCACCUAGUAUCACAAUGGACUCUACUCAUUGAUUUAGAAGGAUUGAAUAUGCGUCAUUUGUGGAGACCUGGCAUAAAAGCACUACUCCACAUCAUUGAGAUUGUUGAAUUCAAUUAUCCUGAAACAUUGGGACGAGUUUUGAUUAUACGAGCUCCAAGAUGUUUUCCAAUUUUAUGGACACUUAUAAGUACAUUUAUACAUGAAAAUACGAGAAAAAAAUUUAUAUUCUAUUGUGGUGCUGACUAUCAACAGCAAGAAACUGGCGGUCUUAAAGACUAUAUUGAUCCAGAAUACAUACCCGAUUUUGUUGGUGGAUUAUCAGAGGCGUAUAUACUGGAUGGAGGAGUUGUACCGAAGCACCUUUACAAAGUCGACGUAGAUGGUCAGUCUACAGAACAUGAACAUAAUUUGUACCAUUCAAUCAAUCUUAGUCGAUAUCAAGUUCAUAAUGUUGCUAUAUAUUGCAAUGAUCCAGGGUCUGUUCUUACGUGGGAUUUUGAUGUGAUGCGUCAUAAUAUUACAUUUAAUGUACUUUUUAAAGGCAGGCUCACCAAUACUAAUAACUUAGUAGUUCCAAAGUCGAGCACUAUUAUUGAAGAUGAUAUACCGACGCAUAAAGAAUGGAAGGUUGGAAUAAAUUGUACUAAACUAAAUACCAGUAUUAUCUGUCAUGACGGGGAAAGUAUUCAGGGAACGCAUAUCAUGCAAGAAUCUGGAAUUUACAUAUUACAGUGGUUAAAUUCAGAGGAACAAGGAGAAUUUCUUCCUUCAAUCAGCUCUCAUAAAGCUCAAUUAAUGUACUUUUAUGAAGUUCUACCAUCAGCUCACUACAAGGGUUCAAUGAUGAGUCUUCAAUCAGCUAUAAGUGGACGAUCAGUUGCAAGUUCUUUACUUUCUAGAUGAGAACUGAUUGCAAUCAAAUAUGAAACUGGACUGGAUAGUCCAUAAAGUUUUUAAAGUAUUUCUAAAAGCUCAGUUGUUUCAAUUUGCAGUAUAGUUCGGAUUCUACUCGAGUUAAAAUCAGCAAUAUCUAUUGUAAAAUGCUUAAUAAUAUUUGUCAUUCUGUUAACAUUUAUGGUUUACUAGCGUUUAUAAAUAAUUGAAUACUGAGUCUGAAUUUUAGCUAGACAGUUAGAUAAUAAUGGACAAAUAUUCCUAUAACAUUUAUACUAGAAACUUGAAACACCUAUCUCACGUGUUAAGUAAUAACUCACAAUGUGACUAUUGGAUCUUGUAGGUACAAGAAAAAAUUAUAAAACUGAUGGUCUUGCUUUCAGCUUUCUAAUGACAAAAUGUUACUUAUGAAUUACCACUAAUAAUUUUUUGAAAUGCUUACUGUGCUAGAAUUAACAAAAAUGUACAAUAAUAAUUUUAGUGAUUGUUUUAAUAUAUAACAGUGGCCAUUACAAAUAAAAAAUGUUUCUUGUAACAGUGAACAGUAUGAGCUCUUAAAUAGAUUUAGACCCCAUGAGCGCUGAGCUCCGUCUUUGAGGAACUUAAAUUAGCUAGCGUUAAGUUUAACUAAUCAAUGCUGCAAGGUGAUCUGUUGCUCUUGCACGGGCUAUGGAAAAAUGUAAAAAUUUAUGCGCUUGCAAGCUCAAAAUUCCGUGAGUAUAAACGAUGAGUAGCAGUCAGAGCUCGGGGAUAUAGUCAACUACAAUUAACGCAUAUUUUAGACAUCUCAGUUUAUUCAUUAUUUACAAUGUUAUACACGCUUAUUGCAAAUUUGUCCCGACACUCACAGCGUGAAGUUUGAUCGCGCGACCGUAUAUACUAGAAUGCUCGGUCAAUGCACCCGACAGAAUCCAAGGAUAAUGAGUUCAAGUAGCUCGUAACUUGGGCAGAUUAGUUACUCUGCGCGGUUACAAUAAUGAAACCUCUUGAUCUGACGAUUCAGUGAUGUAGUAACGAAACCUGUCCUUCUGAUUGCUGAGUAGAUUAUGAAGUCAACGAUUUUUAUCUCUCGCAGACCUUUGACUCAAUGGAGAUGAAUAAUGCUGCUGCGCUCGAUGAAUAGUUUACACCGAAUCGUUAUAAUUAACUCGAUAAUAGAUCUAGGUGUAUUCGAAUCAAGGCAGCGUAUUCAACUGUUCCAUUAUGCUGGCUUAAACAUAUUUUGCUAGCCAGUACGCUUUGCCACUUUCUCGGCGUAGUAUGCGAACGUAGCUUGUUACAGUCUAUGUAAAUUUUGUAUAGGCUUAAUUGUUAUUAAUAAUUAUUAUUAAUGUGCAAUAUCAUUUUUUUAUAUUCAAAGUUUUUGCUGGAACAUCAGAUGUUAAUAUGAUCAUGUUAAUAAAGAUUUGUAUUAAUGAAAAGUAAAAUUGAGUCACUACUAUAUAGUACAUACUGACUAAUUGUUAAUUAAUUUUUUAAGAUUUUUGUAAAUAUUUUUGGUUUGAAUGAUAAUUUUUAUAUUUUUGCACUCUGUCUUAUUUUAUAUAUUUUUAUUAACCCUAACCUGAUAAGAAUUGCAAAAAAUUAGAAGUAAAAAUGUUAUAUGCUAAUUUUUGUAAUUAAAAAGCUGAAAGCACUACCACAAGUGUUACUUAUUUUUCACUUGUGCUCACAAAAUCUAAUUUUUAUUUUCUGAAUUAUUAUCUAUAAGAUUUACUUAAUUUUUAUAAUAUAGUAGCAGGCUCUCUUAUUAAAUAGUUUAGACAAAAUUAUAAAAUUCACUUGAAUGCCUAUGACAAAUUUUAUUUAUAAUUUGAUCUUACUCUUAGUUAAAAUAUUUAGUAUUGUCAUCAUAUUGUCCAUACAAUAAUCCAAUAUAGAAAAUAUUUUUUACGUUUAUUUAAAUAUCAGAAACAAAAUCAAUUGUAAAGAUUUUAGAAGACAUUUAAGUUACUGUUAUUUCAGACUAUACAAUAAGGAAAUAUUUUCAAAAUAAAUUUAGAUGAUAAGCAGAAUAAUGAUAUAAGUUUAUAGAAGUAUUGAAAAAUGUAUGAGAAAAAGCAAGUAAAGGCGAACAAGAGAAGAUUACUCUAUUUGAAACUCUAUUAUCUAGGUAUAUGGGCGAUUCUCACAAACUUCUACUUUUUGUGGUACUCUGUAUAUUCUACGCUAAUUCAUUAUUUUUGCUUAUAUAACAAAGAUAAACUGGGUUGCAUAUGUUGUUUUAAUAAUAUAAAAAUAGAGAUGUACUAUUUAUUACAUUUUCCAAGCCAAAA